UUCACAUGUAGUGAUUUGGUUUUGCUUUUAUGGCUGGCUCUGCUUCCUUCCUUUCGCUCCCCUCCCAAACAGCCUGACAUAUUUUCAUACACAAAGACAAACACAAAUCAACUCUGACAUUCAAAAACCGACUACACAAGAAACCAAGCGAAACAAACCCUUUUUGGUUAAAUCUAUCCCAAUCUUUUUAACUCUUUUUUACUGUUUACGACAAAACAAUCAGUCUCACUUUCCCUCUCUUUGCUUCCUCCUGACUCUUCUUAUAUGUCUUUGAUUAGUGAUCCAAUCUGGUACAUGGGCGGGUUUCGUUUCUUGAUUUGGUGUUAAAUUGUGGAGAGAAUCAGUGAAAGAUGCGAAGGCGGGCUGCCGACUAUCGGCGCCCGGUGAGAAGGAGGUUGUCUGAAUGGAUCUGGCUUCUUCUGGGCUUGUUUUUGUUUGUGGGAUUGGUUUUGUUUGUACUUCACCAUAAUCAACAUGAGGAUCGGGUUGAUAAAGUAGUUCAGGAAAAAAGUGCGAGAACAGAGCAGGUUUACCAUGAGGGUUUAAAUUUUACUGAAGAACUAUUGAGUGCUACCUCAUUUUCCCGUCAGUUGUCUGAGCAAAUUACACUUGCCAAGGCCUAUCUCAUCAUUGCAAAAGAGCACAAUAAUCUUCACCUUGCUUGGGAGCUCAGCAAGAACAUCAGAAGUUGUCAGCUUUUGCUUUCAAAAGCUGCUAUGAGAGGAAAGCCUGUUACACUAGUUGAAGCAGAGCCAAUUAUAAGUAGCUUAUCAUCCCUUAUCUUUAAAGCGCAAGAGGUCCAUUAUGACAUUGCAACUACAAUAAUGACAAUGAGAUCUCAUAUUCAAGCCCUUGAAGAUCGUGCAAAUGCAGCAACAAUUCAGAGUACAUUGUUUGGGAAAUUGGCAGCUGAAGCACUGCCAAAGAGCCUUCACUGCCUAAAAGUCAAGCUCACAGUUGAUUGGCUUAAAAGCAUACCCCUUCAAAAUCUUGCUGCUGAGGGAAGGAAUUCUAUGCGACUUGUGGACAAUAAUCUCUAUCAUUUUUGUAUAUUUUCAGAUAAUGUGUUGGCUACCUCUGUGGUUGUCAAUUCUACUGUUGUCAAUGCUGAUCAUCCAAAACAGAUGGUCUUCCACAUUGUCACAAAUGGAGUCACCUAUGGAGCUAUGCAGGCUUGGCUCCUCAGUAAUGACUUCAAAGGGUCCACUAUAGAAGUGCAAAAUAUAGAAGAGUUCUCAUGGUUAAAUGCUUCAUAUGCUCCCAUUGUGAAACAGCUCUUUGAUGCAGAAUCACGGGCCUAUUAUUUUGGUGAGUAUCAAGACACGAGGGUUGAGCCAAAAUUACGGAAUCCAGAGUACCUGUCUUUGCUGAAUCACCUUCGCUUUUACAUUCCUGAAAUCUAUCCUCAAUUGGAAAAAAUAGUUUUUCUCGAUGAUGAUGUUGUUGUUCAGAAGGAUCUUACACCACUCUUCUCGUUGGAUUUACAUGGAAAUGUGAAUGGGGCAGUUGAAACUUGUCUUGAAGCAUAUCAUCGUUAUUACAAGUAUCUCAAUUUCUCAAAUCCAAUAAUUGGCUCAAAGUUUGACCCUCAAGCAUGUGGAUGGGCUUUUGGUAUGAAUGUUUUUGAUCUGAUUGCCUGGCGGAAAGCAAAUGUGACUGCACGGUAUCAUUACUGGCAGGAGCAGAAUGCUGAUCGGACACUGUGGAAGCUAGGAACUCUUCCUCCUGCUCUUCUGGCUUUUUAUGGACUUACAGAGCCGCUUGAUAGGAGAUGGCAUGUUUUAGGAUUGGGUUAUGAUAUGAACAUCGACAAUCGUCUGAUUGAGAGUGCAGCGGUUAUUCACUUCAAUGGGAACAUGAAGCCAUGGCUGAAAUUGGCCAUUAGCAGGUAUAAGCCUCUAUGGGAACGGUAUAUAAAUCAAAGCCACCCGUAUUUUGAUGAUUGUGUCACAAGUUAAAAUGUGCUACUUCUUGAACAUGAGUAAUUUAUGCGAUCUUCAAUAUAUUAAACUCUCAACCAUUGAUCGCAUCUUUUUAGGGUCAGAAGUAAGAAAUUUUGACUUCCUUAGGAGCUUUUUCAUUUUUUUCCCAUAGUAUCCUAAAAGAAAAACAAAUUUCUUAUACAUCAGAAAGUUUUAAAGGUACUAGGUGAAGAGUGGUGGGGAUUCAUUUUUGGCUGAUGGGUUUCUUUUUCCCUUGCUGCAAGCUGUAGAAUUAUUUGUUCUCUAGCAAUUCUUGUAAUAAUCUCAUUUCAUUUGGAUUAUAAUGCAGUUGAACCAAAAUAUGUUCCUUUUUAAA